AUGUCAAAACUUGGUAGCAGAUUUAGCAUUAGCCCUCCACCUUCAAGUUCAGUUGCCCUAGCCAUUACACAUCAAGCCCAAGUUGCCCCUCAAACUUCUAAUGCAAAUCAAGAUUUAGCAUUAGCCCCUCCACCUUCAAGUUCAGUUGCCCUAGCCACACAUCAAGCCCAAGUUUCAAUAGCCCCUCAAACUUCUAAUGCAAAUCAAGAUAUAACAUUAGCCCCUCCACCUUCAAGUUCAGUUGCCCUAGCCAUUACACAUCAAGCCCAAUCUUCAAUAGCCCCUAAAACUUCUAAUGCAAAUCAAGAUUUAGCAUUAGCCCCUCUACCUUCAAGUUCAGUUGCCCUAGCCUUACAUAUUAAGCUCCACAAAUUACAAAUUUUACAUUAGCCCCUCAAACUUUUGGUUUUGCCAUAGCCUUUCAAACUUUUAUCUCAAAUCAAAAUAAUUCAGGUGCUUAUCAUGUUAUUAAUUCAGAUGUUGGAAUUGAA